GUAAAAUUGGAAGCAUUGCCAAGGCAUCAAUCCCAAACAGUGGAUAUACCCAGUGUUGUAGAACGUGCACUAUAAUCACAUUACAGUUUAGUAUUGAGACAACGAUCCCAUUUCAUUGAUGAAGUUCUUGUAGUAAAAGAGAGUGACGGGUUGCCAUGACGACCAUGGAGUCGCCGCAGAUCCAGGUGACGUCGUAUGACGACACGAGCAAGAAAGUCCCAGAGCAGGAUGACUUCGACAAGGAAUUAGAAUCGUUUAUCGAAACACGAAAAAAUGAAGAAAGCAAGGAGGAUGAUAGCUCUUCAACCGGAUCAGGUAGCACAGAAGAAAGCGAUUCGGAGGACGAGAAACCCAACGAAAAAGAGGCUGAGAAAAAAGACAAGCAGCAACAGCAGCAGCAGACGACAACUGAGAGCAAAGAGACUGUUCCUGAAAAAGUGACGGAUGCUAAAAUAGAAGAAGACGAAGAAAAGACUGUGAAGAAGACAGGAAAAGAAGAGGAAAUGAAAGUGGAAAAAGAAGAGGAAACGAAAGUGGAAAAAGAAGAGGAAACGAAAGUGGAAAAAGAAGAGGAAACGAAAGUGGAAAAAGAAGAGAAAAUGGAAGAAGAGGAUAUUAAGGAGAAAUCAAAGAAUACGGUGAUUGUGAGUGAAAAAGAUGACGAUGUUGAAACAGACUCUGGUGAGCGAGAUAACAGACCAUCGUCUGCUAUGUCGGAGAGGAAGGAAGAGGAGUCGUCAAAGGAGAAGGGGACGGAUGAUGAGGACUCAGAGCCUGAUGACUACACAUUGACUGAGGACCAGAAACGCGCCCUAAAGGAAAUUGAGUACCUGAAGAGUGAGAUGGGCUUACCAGAGGAAGAUCCACCUGAAUAUGACGUAAAAGAGCGAUUAAAAACUUUAAAUGAAGAACUUGCCAAUGACCCAACACCUGUAGAAAAAAGUAACUCUAAGGUUGUUUUUAAAGCUAAUUUAGUGGACUUAGUGGCCCCACCCCCAGACUAUCCCGACGAAGAAACGCCCCGAGAAAACUCAGAAACCCCGCAAACUCAGGAAUCGGAGAACUCAAAUAAUAGUGAAACCGAAAAAAAGGACAACGGUAAAAAAGUUCUCAUUGAGCGAGACGGAAAGUUUGAAUUAGUGAGUGAAAAUGAUGUCCGAGCCAAAGACAUGGGACUGCCUGUGUUGAUUGAUGAAAACGAAAAUGUAAACAAUAACACAACAGACUCGAGUUCUAAUAGUGGUGAAUUCAAUCGAAAGCCUGCCCCGCCUUCCCAACCGAGGCCUUCUACGGCCAACGGAAAUUCUCGCCGUUCUCGACCAGGUUCGUCGAAGCAGCGAGCCUCAUCAGCAGGAACAGAACGCGGAUUCGUUUUGGGCGAUUUUAACUACAACUCACCCUAUGCAAUGUCGCCCAAGGAGAAGAAGCUAGUGGAAGAACAAGCCAAGCAGAGGGAACAGCGAGAACGCGACAAGAAGCGGCUAGAGGAGCAGGAGAAAGAAUACCAGGAAAGAGAGAGUAAUGACGCAUUCCAGGCGUGGCUCAGGCAGAAGAGGGAGGAGGCCAGAAAACGGAAGGAGAGAGAGGAGGAGGAAAAGAAAAAGAAGAAUCAGAGUCCCAGGCCCGUAAAUGGUAGCACGUCCACCAUGGAAUCGUACGAGUCCCUGCCCCAAAGCGAAGACCAGCAAGGUCCUUGGACAGAUACCUUUAUGAGAAAUAGAGGCUUGAUGCAAAGAGUGUUUGGCAAAACUGUAGUUUGCAACUUGGAAAAGAGCUUAGGCAUAGACGCGGAAGUGAAGGAGGCGUAUUCAGCAUGGCUGAAGACCAAACAGAAGCAACAGAAGCAGGAUAAACUGCUGAAGAAGCGGCAGGAAAUGGAGUCGACGGAGGGCUUCUACAUCCGGAGCCGACAGGAGUGCGACCAGGCCUUCAGACAAUGGUUGAGAAAAAAGACCUCAGAUUCGCGAAAAGCUCGGUUUAUGGAGCAACAACAGCACAGAAUGAGUCGGCAGGCAGCGCGAAAAACGCGAAAAAAUCUCUCCGCCCUCAAGGCUCUAAACAAGUCCAAUUCAUUUGUUUAUGUUGACUACUAUGGAUACAGAUAUUAGAUUUUAUUAUCAGGAGUUUAAUUAUAUUGUUAUACUUCAUUAUAUUUCGUUAUAUUUUCAUCUGUAAUUGUAAUAUGUUUAGUUAAAAUUUAUAAGAUGAGAAACCCCAUGAUUAGGAAGGGUUUCGUUAUUUUUGUUUCCAAAGUUCAUUUAUCUGUGAUAUAUUUAAAAAAAAAAAAAAUUGAAAUCAAACUCUUAUUCAAGAGGUAAAUAUUACUUUAAAAAAACUGACUCCUUUCGCUAGAAGUAAGAAAGCUGCGUAAUUUUGAUAUCGGGCCAUUUUUAUAGUGCUAGAACAUACUAGGUAUACAAGAUUUAAUGCCAUUAGUCCACAUGAAAGCAAAAAGUGAGCAUUGUCAAAUUAUUAGUUGGGUUUCAUUUUUAUCCCAGUCUUCAAUUAUCUCCCUCCUUGUAUCAAAUCUUUGAUCCGCCCAUACCAUUCGAUAGAAAUCUUGCAUCCUCACCAUUUGAUUUUAACUUUGUUAUGAUCCGUCCAUGAUUACAUUAUUUAUAUGUUUAUUUUUUAAUCUUUGUGUUAUGUCCAAAAACAGGGUUUCUUAUUUGCUGUUACAUCUUAAUCCUUUUUGAAAUUUCUUUGUUUUAACUUUAAUGAAUGAUAAAGUGGUAUGUCAAAUAUACCUAUUUGAAAGAAUAUGUUCAUUAUUAGUUCACGUCUUCAUAAUAACAAUGAAUUUAAUCAGUAUCAACGUUUUACAAUUGAAAAUAUUCAUUCCUAUCCGAUAUAAUGAUUUUAUUGUUUUAGAAUUGAAAAUGAUAUAUACAGUAACUGAAGAAUAUCAAAUGAAAGGUCGUUAAUUUUUUUUUUUCAAAUUCAGAACUUUUCAACUAAAAACGACGUCGACUUUUACAUUUUGGGUCAUCUGCAUACUAUACUGGCCAACAAUUCCAACCAGAUGUGUAAUUUGUUCGUCAUAAGUAAUAUUUCUCAUCUCAUAAAUUUCGUCUGCCAGAUUCAUGGCAGAACCACGUUUGUUUUGAAUACAUUGAAUCCACAGCGCAAAUGUUUGCUCUGCAAAUUUUUAGAGCAUGAAAACAAAAGUUGAAAAUACUGAACGUUAAUUGGAUGUGUUGAAGUUGCAAAAAAUUAUUUUGUUUCAUUUUCGAGGAAUAAUACAACGAAGACAUAUCUUGCAACGUUUCUUCUUUCUUUUUUUUAAAUUGUUGUAAAAUGUUGUGCCAUUUGACUUCGUCAAUGUAUAAUCAAAAUGUUAGCAAGAAAACCGCUUAAUCUCAAUCAAUCAUAUGCAUCUGCAUAUGCGCGUGCUAUUUUUAUAUAUCAUAUCUUAUGAUAACUUAAAACAGAAUUCGUUAAAUGGAUUAAUGUUUCGGAAUUUUGUUGUGAAAAUAAAGUUCUUGUGUUAAUUUUGUCUUUUCUGUACGCCAUAUUCAACUGCAUCUAUCGUUGUGCGGAAGCUAGCUCUCAAAUUCAUUUAGAUUAGGAGCUUCAUUUUUUGUUGAUCUUUU